AUGGGAUAUCUUUGGCAAGAGACGUACGAGCCAGCGACGGUGGCUUUCAUACUGGUGGGGUCCGCGCUGGUGUUCAUCAUGGUGCCAGGGCUGGGGUUUCUGUACUCGGGACUUACGAGACGGAAGUCAGCGCUGGCGCAGAUUUGGGCAGUGAUAAUGGCUACACUGGUAGGAAUGGUGCAAUGGUAUUUCUGGGGCUACUCUCUAGCAUUUUCCAAGACUUCGGAGAACCACAAGUUCAUAGGUAAUCUGGACUCGUUUGGAUUCCGAAACGUGUACGGAAAGGUGGAUAGCGAUAGCACGUACCCGGAAAUAGCAUUUGCCGCAUUCCAAGGGUUGUUCAUGUGCGUUACUCUGAGUAUUAUCGCCGGUUGCACGGCGGAACGUGGUAGGAUGCUUCCGCACAUGGUUUUCUUGUUUUGCUUCGCCACAGUAGUGUACUGUCCCGUGACGUACUGGAUCUGGGACUCGGAUGGAUGGGCAGCCAGAUGGGGAGUGCUCGACUGGGCUGGAGGCGGGCCUGUCGAAAUUCUCUCGAGUGCAGGUGGUUUUGUCUACUCUGCAUUUCUUGGCAGGCGCAAAGAAAGUCAGCUCAUCAAUUUUAGACCACAUAAUGUAUCGAUGGUGACGCUGGGGACGUCUUUGCUGUGGUUCGGAUGGCUGGGCUUCAACGCUUGCACGUCAUUGGACCCCAAUUUGAAGUCGGCUUAUGCUUUUAUGAACACCAACUUGAGUGCUGCUGCGGGUGGGAUGACGUGGUGUCUGCUCGACUUUAGACUCGAAAAGAAGUGGUCUACCGUCGGUCUUUGCUCAGGUAUCAUUUCUGGGCUGGUGGCGGCAACGCCAAGCUCCGGGUGCAUCACGCUUUAUGGGUCUCUUAUCCAAGGUAUAGUUGCAGGUGUUAUUUGUAACUUCGCCACAAAGAUAAAGUACUACUUGAAGGUUGACGACGCAAUGGACAUAUUAGCGGAGCACGGUAUCGCUGGGGUUGUAGGGUUGUUCUUCAACGCUCUUUUCGCAGCAGACUGGGUUAUAGGCAUGGACGGCGCUACGGACCAUGAAGGUGGAUGGAUUACCCACAACUAUAAGCAGAUGUACAAACAGAUUGCAUACAUCGCUGCUGUGUACGGAUACGGCAUGGUGGUCACUGGAAUUCUCUGCUUCGUCAUAGAUAAGAUUCCCGGGUUGCAAUUGAGAGCUACAGAGGACGCUGAAGAGCGCGGUCUCGACGAAGACCAAAUUGGGGAAUUCGCAUAUGACUACGUUGAAGUAAGGCGGGACUACUAUUCAUGGGGGGUUAAUAAUAACACUACUGACACUUCCUCAGAAGAUAACGAAAAUCCUUCCGAGCAACAGGAGGAAAAGCAUCGCGCCGUUGCUUCGCAAAUGGGCGCCACAACUUUGCAUGAGGCUUAA